AUGGCAAGACCGUAUAGUGAGAUCCAGAUCCUGCUAAACAAUUUCACUACUAAUGAUAACAAUUGGCAAGGAUAUGGGGAACCACGAAGAGCACUUAAACAAAAGGCAUCAGGUGUGAUCGAGCUUGAUGAUUUCUCAGCCAUGAGGAAUAUUAGACCUGCUGGAGCUCUCCCAAGUGAUACAAAGAAAAAUCCUCAAGUCAAUGCAGUGACGUUGAGAAAUGGGAGAGAGUUAGUAGAAGUGCCUAAGAAGAAAAAAGAGCAGUCUGGGCUCGAAGAAGAAAGAGUGCCAAAACCUGUAGAGGUAGAUGAGAGAAACAAAACAGAGUCUGAGAAAAUAUCAGAGAGGGUGCCACCUCCUUUUCCUCAAAGACUGAGAAAGAAGAAUGAUGACCACACAUUUCACAAUUUUUUAGAUAUGCUAAAGCAGAUACACUUGAACAUCCCUUUGGUGGACAUGCUCUGUGAGGUGCCAAAAUAUGCAAAAUAUAUUAAGGAUAUAGUGGCAAAUAAGAGGAGGUUAACUGAAUUUGAGGCCGUCGCACUUACUGAGGAGUGCACUUCCAAGAUUCAACAUAAGCUUCCACAAAAGCUUAAGGAUCCGGGUAGCUUUACCAUCCCCAUGAGGAUUGGUGAAAUUGAUAUGGGUAGAGCCUUGUGUGAUUUGGGUGCAAGUAUCAAUAUGAUGUCAUUGUCAGUGUUCAAACAAUUGGGCUUAGGAGCUCCGAGACCCACCACGAUUGGAAAGUUUAUUCUCCAAGCAGAUUUUAUCAUCCUGGACUACGAGGUUGAUGAGUUAGUUCCUAUCAUAUUGGGACGACCUCUUUUGGCCACUGGAGAUGCCAUUAUCAAAGUCCGAGAAGCCAUAGAGCCAAGUGCAUUGAAGGAAGAUGCACUAGAAAAGGCAUUGAUGUUGUUCAAUCACUUGGAACUUGAAGAAGAGGUUGAGGAGAUGUUGCAAAUUCUGGAUGCAUCUUGUGAAUACAUAAGAUAA